AUGCCUUCUCUUUCCAACGAGCAGAGAGCAGCGAUAGCUAUCGGAGUUCCAGUCAUAGCAUUAUUGCUCUAUCUCUGGUACAGGAAACGUCAAAGCUCACACUUUUCGGGGGAAGAUGACGAGUAUGCGAAAGAAACAGAAAGCGAAAGUGUUGCCUCUUCGAAUCAAAAGACCAUCGAAGUGAAAGUCCCUAGCUCUGCUGUCGGAGUAAUUAUUGGAAAGUCUGGUGCGAAUAUUAAAAAGAUAGAGAAGGAUAGCGGUGCUCGUGUAGUUAUGAAGGAUGAAGAAGAAGGUAACGAGAAAGGAGAGAGGAUUGUACUGAUUCAAGGUGAACGCGAGAAGGCAAAACGUGCGGAAAUAUUGGUGAAGAAAAUUAUAGCGGAACAACCAGUCAUAAGAACCGAAGAAGUUUUCAUACCUCAGCGUGCUUGUGGAAGAAUAAUUGGCAAGGGAGGACAAACAAUACGAAACAUGAGCUCCAUUUCAGGUGGGGACAUUUCCUGUCAUUGUUUUCUUUGACAGUAGUCAAUAACAAAAGUUAAAGGUUCACCUUUUGUGCUAAUCCUUUCUUUACGUCCCAAGAGCGUUCAAGGUAAAUUUUCUCCUUACGACAUCAAUACAUAAUCAAGAGAAAGUUUUUCAAGAAUUAAUUAAGUGUUAACCAAAGAGAAAAUGUUUUGAUCUUGGGCUAUUGGAUUUUAUUCCCCUUCCCCCCCCCCUCGGUUUUAUUGUAUAAGACUCCAAAUAAAAAAAUGUUUGUAUGUAUUUAUGGAAUUCUUCAGGGGUAAGUUAUAAAAUUGAGGAUUUCUUUAGGGGUAGAGUAAAAAAAUCUGGAAUUCUUUGGGAGUGGAGCUUUGAUUUUCACAAACUUCUUCAGGGUUAGGACCCAUAAUUAAUUUAUGGAAGUCUUCUGGGCUGAAUGCAAAUUUUAUUUAAUCUUCAAGUGUAAGAAGAAAAGUUAGGUCUUCAACCAGGGGGUGGGAAUGGAUAUUAUUUAACAAUAUUAUUAUUGCUCGAGCCCAAAUGGGCUCUGAGUCAAUAGCCCAUAAGGCCAAAGGCUGAAUGGGCUAUUGACUCAGAGGCCAUGAGGGCGAGAGGAAUAAUUGUUUUAGUAAAAUCCAACUAGUUGGUAAAAAAUAUCAAGACUAAACAACUUUCACUAGCAAAACGCAAUGCAGCCGCCAUUGUUUUGGUUUUCAAAGCUGGCGCUUUUGGCUACUAGUAGGCUAUAACAUAUAGCUCAACCAAUCAGAACCCAGCAUUGAUAAUAGACCACUAGUUGGAUUUUACUAAAAUGCAAUAGCCCCUUUUAUCAAAUAUUCUUGAAAAUGUAUGGAGAUCUAGUCUUGAGAAUUUGUCUGUGGACAUUGGGGCUUAAAGGGUUAAGACAGCCACAGAAUCCUUACAUUUCUACUAAAGACAUCAAAAAUAGAAGCCUAGAAAAGGAUGGUAAAGGAGAAGCCACGUCAGUUUGGUUGCUUAUAACUGGAAAAUUGGCAAUACAUCUUCCAUUACAUGUGUAAACAGCCAUUGGUAGGAGGGGGGGGGCUCCCAUAUGAUGGAGAUAGGGAUACUCAUCAUCUCAGAUGGUGGUAUGAUUAUGGGCUUCUGUCAGGGUGGAAAACCACACUUGUACAUAGAUCGCUCAAGAGAACAUACACUGUAACUACGGUGAUAAUGAGUCUUAUUGUUAUUAUUUUUGGGCCAUAAUAUUAUAUCCCAUCCCAGGGCAUCUUGUCUACCAUAGCUAGAGCAUUAUAUGUGUAAUAUGUUCAGUACUACUUAUUAUUACAUAAACACCAAAUUAUGAGAGACCAGGUGAGUCUUAUACAGUGUGUAUUUACAGCGGUUACCACUAACAUGCACCUUUGAAGGGUGUUUUUCUGUCUUUAAAAACCUGAGUUUUCGUGGACGUCAAUCAACUGUUUCCAUGGUUUUCCACGCACUCUGACAGAGAAGGUUCCCUCAUCGCUGAAUGAAAGGCGAAUAAUUUCAAACGACGACGGCUUUUUAAAAUUGUUUUAUUAAGAUGAAGGAUUACAUUGUUAAAACAACAAGGUCUCUGUGAGCUGAGUGAAAUAGCCGAAACAUUCUCUAUAGUUUAUGUAACGGUUUUUAGGUUGUUUAUUUAUUUGAUGUAUGAAAACACGGGAGCCGUGGAUGACUGAAUUGCCAAGAAGCUAGUAUAAAUUCAAAGAAACAAAAGAUAUCACACCAAAAAGGGAAAAAGUUUCCUCUGAAUGGAGGCCGUUUUCCAGCAGCAAAAUAUUGCAAAAACGGCUGAAACGCCGACAUAUAUAUUCCUCCGAAUGCUCAAGAAACGGAGAAAGAAUCUUCUCUAGGCCAACGCGUGAAAAACCAUGGUAACGGUUGAUUGACAUCCACCAAAACCCAGGUUUGAACCGAAGAACAAACCCUUUGAGGGCGCGGGGUGGUGGUAACCGCUGUAAGUGUCAUAAUCUGAAUAAUGGGCCAAUCAAACUACAUGUAGCUUAGGACAGGAUUACCCUUUCUCUCUUUGACAAAUUUAUUAUCAUUAUUAUUUUCCUUUCUGGAGAUAUUCAGUGUAAAUGUAGAAUGUCAAAGAGUUCAAACAUAUUUUACAAUCUUAGGAACUUGUAUUUUUACCAUAGGGGCAAAGAUAAAAAUUGAUCGAGACGGUGAGAACUUGUCAAGUACUUUACGAAAGUGUCUUAUUACUGGAACGUCAGAUCAAAUUGCAAGUGCUAAGGGCCUUCUUGAUGAAAAGAUAGCUGAAGAUAAGGAAAUUUGGGCUCAUAGGGGAGAUACAGGAAUGCAGAGAAACAGACGUGCACCAAGAACACUGGAAACUGCUCUGGGUUAGUUCUGUGAUAUAUUUACUAUUUUUGUUAUGAUUUUUUUAUUUAAAAGCUAUUUUACUGUCACGCCAGUAAAAUGUAGUUAAUGGAACGUGACACCAGUUAUCAGUUGCCCUUUCAUGGCGGUUCCUUUUCAAUAAAGCAGUUGUGUAGUCAAGCUGCCAAGGUCAGUAAGCUCUAAGAUACAUUGUAUUCUAGCGUAGAACUUUACGGCCUUGUUGUCUUUAGCAUGCUAGUACGAUCCACAGCAUUGGCCAACUUUUUCAAUGCACUAUUCAUGGCUAAGAGUGCGCACGUGCAAUGCUGAGCUGUCUUGUAGUACAGCCUUUUCUACUGGCUAUGCCAGCAGGCGUUUGUCUAGCUAUAAAAGCCUAGAACAAGUGUUCAGAGUUCACUUGGCUUCUGUUAUUCAGCAAGGUUAGCGCUCAGUAUACGAUUCUUGUAAAAUUUUCCCCUCCCUCCCUCCCUUUGGAGACGAGGUUUGGGCUUUGUUUUGUGCUAUGCGGUCAAAUAAACUAGGGACACUCCUGCGCGGUGCGGUUAAGUCUGCACAGUGAAUUCCCCCAAGCUUGUUGGCUGCGUUGCCGUUUAAUAUCACCUGCAAACCGAUACUCUUGUCUGAUCCAGCACGUGCUGUAUUGCAUUCAGCUCGUAGUGCUGGGGAGAUAAGUGAGGUUCUUUGGUCACCAUCGCCCGAAGUCGCAUUAGGCUAACCUAGCGCAAGGCAGUGCUCCCCCAUUAACACCAACAUGUCAUUAUUUGUUUUUAUAAUUUAGUUAUGCGUUUAACAUGCAUCGCGAAGGAACAGAGACAUUAAUUAUUUAUUUAUUUAUUUAUUCAAGUAUCAUUUUUACUCAAUGUAAACAAAUGCACUAACACGUCUUAUAAAAUUGUAGGUAAAAUUUAUUUUAUAUGAAAGAUCGUUGCAGUUAUAGACACAACUUUUGCAGUUGCUAAAAGAAUGCCUGAAAAAAUUCAGGCUUGUAUGGGAUUCAAAACCCUUGACUUUUGCCAUACCAGUGCACACUCUACCAACUGAACCAACAAGCCAACUGGGAACAGGUCGUUGAAUUGGUUCGUUAUAAACUCAUGAAAGGAUAAUUAUGAAGUUAUGAAUAUAUGAAAAUCAUAAUAUUAUAUGAGAACUGCGGGGUGAAGGAUUAUAGACGCAACUUUUGCAGCUGUGAGAGGAAAGCCUCAUUCAAAAUUAUUUUAUUUUGUUAGUGUUACAUGUAUAUCAACACCCUUAUUAGGCCUAUUCAUUAGCUAUUUUUUCACACAACAUACAUUUACUAAAUUGUUGUCAUUCUUAAUUUUAUUAUUAUUUCAGCUUCCUCAACAACAGGCACUGUACAAUUUCCAAAGACAGAAGAUUUUUAUGGGGUAUUUGUGUCAGCUAUCGACAGUCCUGGACAUUUUUGGGUGCAGAUUAUAACAAAAGAUUCUCCUGAUUUGGACAAACUUACAAACGAAUUGACACAACUUUAUUCAUCCUCUGAGACACAUGCAGUCAUUAAUGCUUUCAAGGUUUGCAUGUUGUAGAAAAUACAACAUUUGUUCUGAUUGGUCAAAAACCUGGUGGUUAUUGUACUGGGCCGAGUUGUUCAAAGCUGGGUUAAGAUAACCCAGGGUUAGUUAGAAAUUUGAAUUCAGAUAUGAAAGCUUAAAAAGCAAAUUCAGUUUAAUUCUUUUUGUCAACAAUUUGAUGAUUGGCUACUCUAAAAAGAAUAGAGAAAAUUGUCUGAGAAAAUGCUUUUGAUGAAAAGAAAAAGACACCCGGGUUAAAAUUUAACCCUGGGUUAGUGCUAAUUGGCCUUCGAACAACUGGGCCCUGGUAAGUUCAUCAAAACUAUCUGUCAGGUAAAACCACAGACAAGGCCUUGAUAGGAUGAUGCUAUUUUGUACAAUGGCCCAUUUUGAAUUUGCUCAAAUCCUCUUUAUCAAUGCAAUAUGCCUGGUGCACUAAGCACCUUUCAUGUGAAAAUUAUUUGUAUGUUAUUGGUAACUUAUUUUAAUAUGAUAGAAAGAAGACUAGAACUCACUUUGAAAGAGAUGCUGAAGGUUCAAAUGUAGUUCCGAAAUAGCAGAUAUUUCAUGGUUGCGCGGAGAUACAAAAUUUCUCUUCGAGUGUUGAAAAAUAUUUCACGAGUGAGUGCAGUGAACAAGUGAAAUAUUUUUUUCAACAUGAGAAGAGAAAUUUCGUAUCUCCAAGCGACCAUGUAAUGUUCUAUUUAUUAUAUAAACACCAAUGAAAUGCCAAACCAUUUUACUUAAAGUUUUUUGGUCUGAAAGGUGCGGUUUAUUAUGAAGCCAUAGCAAUGGUGAUAUUUUCACAUGUGAAGAUAACAUGUUAUUUUCACGUGUGAAGAUAUCAAGUUUUCACGGGAAAGCUCAUUUGGUAUUUCAUUGAUGUUUAUAUAAUAAAUAGAAAUAGCUUACGAUUUCAAAUAAGCAUCUAGCCCAUACUUAACUAAAGUCGAAAAAUCCAGAAAAUAUAACAAACAUAAAUUCUAUUUUAAAGCUGUUUUGCUUUGGAAAUGUUGGGGUUCAAUUUUAUCCUUGGUUUAAAUUUUAUUUUCCUUUGUUUCAAACUCAUUAUCAUACAUCACCAUACCCAAAAACAAAGGCAAAUAAAAUUUAAACCAACGACAAAAUUGAACCACAACAGAAACAACAUGGAGAGCCUCAACCCUCUUUAAGACUGUCACUUUUGGGACUAGUUCAUCUGGGAAUAUCACAAGGUGUCCAUUUUAGGANAAUUGAACCACAACAGAAACAACAUGGAGAGCCUCAACCCUCUUUAAGACUGUCACUUUUGGGACUAGUUCAUCUGGGAAUAUCACAAGGUGUCCAUUUUAGGAAGGUGUUAGUUAAGACAGAGUUGGCUGUAAAUCUUCUCAUACCAAAUCUACUCUUAGUUUUUGAAGAAAUCACAUAGUUUGCCACUUAAUUAACCUGAUUAACCAGGCUAUUGUACCAGUUUUGGCACUCUGUCCAUUCUAAAUAAAAUCAAAUAUUGUUUCAGUUUUUUAGGCAAUUUUUUAACCCAUGUGGGAGAUCACAAGAAAUGUUUGUCAAAUUUUCUAAAAAAAAAUGAAUUAAUAUUAAAAUAUAUAUAUAGAUAUAUCUACUUUAUACUAAAAGUGGCUUUUGUUACCCUAGGUUGGAGAUAUUUGCUGUGCUCCAUUUGACUUUGAUACAUCAUGGUACAGAGCACGCAUUGUGGAAAUCAACAAAGAUGGAACAGUGGAGUUGUAUUAUGUGGACUUUGGAGAUUCUGGGCAAAUUUCCAAGGAAAAAUUAAGAGAACUGAGGUAAGGUUUUAUGUUUUCAUUGACAAGGAAAGGAAUAUUGGUAUAGACUGAACACAAAAAUAAUAGACACUCUGAAAAAAUGCUGCUGUAUUUUUUCAGCAAUAGUUUAAUGCUGUUUAAAAGGAGUACGAGACAGGAUGAUGCACACACUCCCAUCUUAGUUUCCUUCACAGUGGCCAAACGGUUUAAUCAGUAGAUAUGAGCAUUCUAAGCAGUAACUACAAUGUAUUUUGAUUGCCGUGUAAAGAGGAAAAAACAUGGACAUUAAAAUUGCAGUAAAAUUGCCCUGGUUAUGUGACAAGCCACUGUAUUGCUACUAUUUUUGUGUGCAAUUUUUAAAGUGAGAUAAACAUGCAUGAACAACAACAACAACAACAACAAUAUAUUUAUUUAAAGAAAUAUAAAGUUGACAAUACUUCAUGUCCUGCAAAUAGCUACAAUGCUAAUCUAGGCAGGACAAGACUUUAACUAAAGGCGUUAUUAAAUUACAUAAGAAAAAAGAAAAGAAGAAAUACAAAAACAUACAGAAAGAAACACCUUACAUAUAAAUUCAAGUACAAGGGAUUUUGUUAUUUGAAAAAGACUAAAAUUACAACUGGAGGUAUAUACAACAUAUCAGGUUAACUUCACAAAAUAUUCUAUUAAAAAAUUAACAUUCAAAUAAUUAUCUUCAUUACCUAGAACAUUAAGGAGUAGUGAUUUAAUUUUUUUACGAAAAUUAGAAACGUUGAGAGUCUUAACAGAAAGUGGAAUAGAAUUCCAAAUAGACACACCGAUUCUAGUAAAAGAUUUUUUCAUUUUUUCAGUUCUAGAGAAUUUGACAGAGAAGCAUUCUUUUGCAGAUAAUCGCGUAUUAUAAUGAUGUUCUGUAUUGAUUUUCGCAAACUUAUCGAGAAGACUUUUAGGAGCUGUCUUAGCAUGAACGUCAUACAUUAAAUAGCUUAACUGUUGAAAGAACAAAGACUGCAAAGGAAGGCAGUUUGAUUCAAUAAAAAAAGGGAUUGCAUGGUCUCUGGGUUUAGAAAAAUAAAUCAAACGCAGAGCACGUUUUUGCAGAACAAGUAUCUUAUUGAGGUAGGUCUGUGGACAGUUGCCCCAUGCACAGAUACCAUAAUUUAAAUAAGGAGAAAUAAGUGCAUGAUAUAAAUUCAAAAGAAGACGCCGUGGAAUGUAAUGCCUCAUUUUAGCAAUUAUUCCAACCGAUCUACUAAUUUUGUGACAGAUAAAGUCAAUAUGAUGCUUCCAUGAUAGUUCAGAAUCAAUCAUUAUACCCAAAUAUUUAACAAAGUCCUUCAUCUCUAGAGUUACUCUAGUAUUUAAAGUUGGAUUAAAAAUCUUAAUUUGAGGAAUGAAAGGCAUUCUUUUUUGGUGCGGACGAAAAAUGACAUAAUUAGACUUUUUGACGUUGAGCGUUAGUUUGUUAGCAUUAAGCCAUUCACUUACUUUCUCAAGUUCAUUAUUGACAGUUAGUUCAAGAGUACGUAAGUUGUCAUUUGCAUAAGUUAGACUUGUAUCGUCUGCGAAAAGAUAAAAAGUAAAUUCCUUGGAAGAUUUAUGGAUGUCAUUAAUAUAUAACAAAAAUAACAAGGGUCCAAGUACAGAGCCUUGAGGCACUCCACAUACGAUCGUUUCAGUUUCAGAUAUGCAUUUGUCUAUUUCAAUAGACUGUCGGCGAUCUGAAAGAUAUGAUCUAAACCAAGAAUUUAUAACUCCUCUUAUUCCAUAGUGUUCAAGUUUUGUCAAAAGAAUCUCAUGGUUAACAGUAUCAAAUGCUUUCUUAAGAUCUAUAAAAAUUCCACAUGAGUACUUUCUAUUGUCCAUAUUAGAAUGUAUGGUGUUCACAAUAUCAAGAAUCGCGUGCUGGGUACUAUGUUUAUUGCGAAAGCCAUAUUGUAAAUCAUAAAGAAUAUCAUUCUUGUCUAUAAACUUUAUCAGUCUACGAUAUAAAAUUUUCUCAAAUAAACGAUUAUAAAUUGAUAACAAAGAAAUUGGCCGAUAGUUUUCAGGUAACGUCUCGUCUUCACCCUUAUACACUGGAAUUACUUUUGCAUAUUUAAGUUUUGCAGGGUAAACCCCAGUUAGUACAGAGUGGUUAAAAAUUUUGGUUAAUGGUAUGGAUAUGACUGAUUUAGCAAGUUUUAACAGUUUAACAGGGGUAGAAUAAAGCCCCAGGGCUUUAUUGUAUGGCAACAAGCUAAUUUCUGUUUCAAUUUCUUGCGGUAUAAUUGGAUCAAAAUAAAAACUGUUCUGCAAAGGUGGAUCAAGAUAAUCAGAAAAAGUAGUGUUAACUUCAGGAAUAUCGGUUGCAAGUUGAUGCCCUAUUGACGAGAAGUAUUUGUUGAGUGUGUUACCAAUCGUUUUAGGAUCAUCUGAUAAAACGCUAUGCUCGUUAGAACGAAUGAAGUUAAUUCUUUUUGAUUUUUUCCUUUUCUUCGCAUCUCCUAAUAUUUCGUUAAUACCUUUCCAUGUCGAUCGUGUAUUUUUUAUGUUAGAGUCGAAAAACCUUUGAUAGUGACGUUGUUUACUCAAUCGAAUAAGGGUUGUUAACUUAUUUCUAUAUAUUUUAUAUUUCGGCCAGUUUGAUUCAAAGAACAAUUUAUUCUUCACCUUUAUAGAUUUCCUUAGUCCAGCAGUUAGCCAAGGUUUAGUUAGCAUUUUUAGUUUUCUCACUGAAGCAUCCCUGAGCGGUGCAUGUUUAUUAACUACAUGAUUUAUGGUUUUAUAAAGGUGAGAGAACGACUUGUUUACGUCGCAAUUACCAGAAACCUCUUCCCAAUUAAUUGCACUUAGGUCAUUCAUGAAUUCAUUAGCAUUAAAGCUGGAAUAAUCCCUAAAUUUAGUCUUUUUUGUAUGUGGUAAUUUUUGCUUGUUUACGUUGACAAUACAGACUUGCGAAAAAUGAUCGGUUGUGUCGGUGACGAUAUUGCCACUAGAAAUAUUAUUCGUCAGGUUAUUUGUGAAGAUAUUGUCAAUUAAAGUCGCUGAGGACCCAUACACUCGCGUUGGUUUAUCAAUUGUAGGAAGCAUAGAAAAACUUUGCAUACACUGAAGCAGUAUCUGGCUGUAUUUACAGUUUUCAUAUUUUAGCAAGUCUAUAUUGAAAUCUCCCAUGAGAUAUAUAUUAUUAUUGUGAUUACUGAAAUACUCGAGGGAAUCCGAAAGAUAGUCAAGAAAUUGAUCUGCAUUAUUAUGUUGUCGGUAAACAAUGCCACAGAUAUUUUUCUUGUGAUUUGGUAGUAAAAUUUCAAUCCACAAGGCUUGAUAAGAGGAAUUAGUAGAGCGUUCUAAGACUCGAUAUUUAUAGUUUUCAUUAAUAAAAAGACCAACACCACCGGCAGACAACGGGGUUUUAACAAAUUCAAAGCAAUAGCCAGGUAGUUGUGGUAUAAAAUCAAAUAAUACUUAUGAAAAAUGAAAUAUUACUUAUGCCUUGGUUUCUCUAUAAUUUACCUCUUACUAUCUGUCUGUUUAGGUAUUAAUCCUUAGGAUGUCUCAUCCACUUCAAAAUUUGAUCAUUUUUUUUAUUAUUAUUAUUUUGAUUUUACUUUUCUUGUACAGUGUAAUUUUGACCAACACUUAUUUCUGGCAACCAUUUUUGUAAUUUAAGCUCACCAAAAUUUGAUUUAUAGAAAAAACUGUAGUUCAACUUGGAGCACUGCUUAUAUUGUCAAUUAGAGAUGUCAUCAAUUUUCAUUGUUAAUAUUAAAUUACAUGUACAUCUGAUGUGAAUGCCAGGAAUACAAAGCAUUGCAUUGCCUUUGUUUAUCUAUCAGGAAGGAACACAGGGGGCUUCCAUUUCAGGCUAUUGAGUGCUAUUUGGCUGGAGUAAAACCUUCAGGUAAUUAAAGAAUCCUUUCUGUUUACAUUAGUUUUGAUUUUAAUGGGGUGUAUUAUUACAUGUACAUGUCACACAAAUGACAGGCGUCUUGCAAGACAAAUCUUGUGCACUGUUGUCAAUCUGUGGUGGUGCUGCAACAUCUGGUGUGGCUGUGGAGUGCAAAAAGGCAGGCAGAUUCUGGCAGGUCAGCACCUACAUGUAACUGGCCUGGCUUGAGACGGGCAGUAGCUGACAAGUGAACAAUAAUGGCGUCUCCCACGGUCAAAGGCUGUCUGCAUCAUCCUCCUCUAUGCCUAUGGAGGUUGGACUUAUAACCCGUAUCUGCAAGCCUCCCAUGUUGUGUCAACAGUGAAAAUAAUGACGCUGGAGUGACCUCUGUAGGACACACACCUGGAUAGUUGAUAUGGAGACCCUGCGUUGCCCAGUCGUCGGAUUCCCCCUUUUGGCUGCCCCAAUGGGAGUGUGGAGCAUGCCAUUUGGUACCAGUUCAGUUACAGGAGAUGCUAAGGGCAUCCAUUAAACCAUCAAUCCACCUUAGUGGCUCCACUCUGGAUUUCCGUAGGGUUUACUCCAUAGCCUGUUCCCUUUCCCAUGACAACCUCAUGGGGCCGUUUGAAAUCAGUGUUAGCCAAAGUGCAUUCUCAUGUUAGACCAGCACAUUCAACCUACUCCUUUCAGGAUUUCCUUUGUUUCUAAUCCUAAACACUGUUGAUCUUUUGUAGGUGAAGAAUGGAGUGCAGAAUCCACUGAUGAAUUUGAGCGGCUUAGUCACUGUGCUCAGUGGGUUUCAUUGAUGGCAAGAGUAGUGAACUACUGUGGUGAAAUACCUUGUCUGGAAUUGAUUGACACUNAGGGCAUCCAUUAAACCAUCAAUCCACCUUAGUGGCUCCACUCUGGAUUUCCGUAGGGUUUACUCCAUAGCCUGUUCCCUUUCCCAUGACAACCUCAUGGGGCCGUUUGAAAUCAGUGUUAGCCAAAGUGCAUUCUCAUGUUAGACCAGCACAUUCAACCUACUCCUUUCAGGAUUUCCUUUGUUUCUAAUCCUAAACACUGUUGAUCUUUUGUAGGUGAAGAAUGGAGUGCAGAAUCCACUGAUGAAUUUGAGCGGCUUAGUCACUGUGCUCAGUGGGUUUCAUUGAUGGCAAGAGUAGUGAACUACUGUGGUGAAAUACCUUGUCUGGAAUUGAUUGACACUACUGGACAGACGGUAAGAAUUAAGAAAAUCCAGCCAUAACCAAGAAUUUACAGAAAAAAGCCGUUAAAUAGCAGUUAAACCUUUCGUUACAUAAGGGGGCCCCCUUCGUCCGAGAAGGGGCAAGUUUCCACUUUGUAAUGAAUUGAAACACUCGUCAAGUGUGAUUGAGUUUUAUUCCGUUUGUUAUCCUUGUUCCCACAUUGCUUGAUUCCUUCUGCUCUACGGAUUCGCUAUAUCUGAUUACAUGUAAUUCGUCACUAACGAUUAAGCCUUAUACGGGACAGUGUCAAUCAUUGUAAUCACUACACACUUUAUUAUGGCCCGCCGACCACUAAAUUCAGACUACAGUUAUCUACUGCAACUGUAAGGACUGACCACUGAACAGAAGGUUUACGCUAAAUAGAGUUUCCAUUGUAUUGGACAUUUAACUAAUAUCCAAUGGUGAAGACAUAUAUUCGAGCCAAAAAAGGUGCCGUACAAAGACACCUUGCAUUAUGAUUACUUUUUUCGUUAUAGUUUUUGUGUUAGUUAUUACGUAGAUGUAAAUGUAGUAUGGAUAGAAGCAGACAAAUAAUAUUUCUGGUACUUUAAAAGCUGUACAAAGCUGACUGGUUAAUGAUAUAAAUCAUGGGGUUUCAGGAUGUGAACAUCAACGAAGAAUUGGUGAAAAGGCAGUUUGCAGUCCACGAUGGGUUGAGUCCAGCAAAUAAACAAGAGCAAGGUACAGUGUACAACGAUGAUUGGAAGUGA